CUUAGUACGGGGGUAGAAGCAGGAGGAAAGGGAGACAGAAGGAAGGGAGAGACGUGUUCUUGGGAUGAGAGGACUGGGAAAGAAGAAGAAGAAGAAGCAAAAAAAGGAGAGAAAAGAGUGAAGACAUUAAGAAGAAAUCCAGACGCUGAUCACAGGAUGGGAAGAUGAGUCCUUGAGCAUUGACAUAAGGGUCAUGUGUGUGAGUCCAGAGACGGAGGAUGAAGUGAGUGUGAUCGACUGACACAAAGAAAAGCAGACAGAACAGAAACAGAAAGUAGCUGGGAACUCAAGUGUGCCUAAGAAAGUUGGGGUGUUUGUAACUGUGUGUGUGAAACAAAGACGAGCAGCGAGAGGGGGGUGGAGGCAGAGAAAUGGGGAGUCCACAUGUAACUGCAGCAGGACUGAGCUGGAGAGAGAGGUGUUUUUAAAGUGCGUAUAGAAAGGAGGGAGGGGGGGGGGGGGUUCAGUGAGAGCAUGCACAGAGUAUCCUUCCCUCUGUCCCUGAAGCAGGGCUGAACAAGAGCCAGGAAAAGGGGAAGGGCCUCCCUCUCCUCCUCUCCAGCUGACAAAAACAGCUGCCCAGGAACCCGGGCUGGAGCCUGUGUAGAGGACAAGGGGAAGAGGACAGAGAGGGAGAGAGGAGGAGGGAGGACAGAAGGAGAGAAGAGAGAGAGGAGGAGGAGGAAUAAGUCCCCAAGUCCAGGACCCUGUCCACCUAUAUGGGUUGCGUCCUGAGUUCGGACUGGUGUGGGGAGGAAGAGGUGCAACCGGUGCCGGUGGUCAGAAACUCGUCUCUGAAGAGAAGGAGCCUGGAGAGGAGUGAGAGUGGCAGGAUGAGGCUGACAAAGGCGGGGAAGGGAGAGCCCCACAUCUUCAAGGAAAAGACCUUCAAAAAGAAGCGGCAGUGCAUCGUGUGUCGUCAGAACGUGGACCACGUGGGCUCCUUCUGCAGAGUAUGCAAGACAGCCACCCACAGGAAGUGCGAGGCCAAGGUGACCUCUGCAUGCAUCCCAGUGCCCUCCAAUGAUCUGCAGCGUAGAGGGACGGCUCCUUCCCGACACACCCACCACCUGGGGUCCACCAAGUCUCUGACCUAUACCAAACAGAGAAACACCCUGCCAAGGAGCUUCAGCGUGGACCGUGUGAUGGAGAGAGUGAUGGAGCGCCACUACGACUUUGACCUGACCUACAUCACCGAGAGGAUCAUCUCCGUCUUCUUCCCGCCGAAGCUGGAGGAGCAGAGGUACCGGCUGAACCUGAAGGAGGUGGCUGCCAUGCUCAAGUCCAAACAUCAGGACAAAUUUCUGCUCCUGAAUCUGUCUGAGAGGCGCCACGACAUCACUCGCCUGAAUCCAAAGGUUCAUGACUUUGGCUGGCCUGACCUCCAUGCCCCACCGCUGGAUAAGAUCUGUGCCAUAUGUAAGGCCAUGGAGACGUGGCUGACCUCUGACCCCCAGCACGUGGUGGUCCUGCACUGCAAGGGCAACAAAGGGAAAACAGGCGUGAUUAUUGCAGCCUACAUGCACUACAGCAAGAUUUCUGCAGGGGCGGAUCAGGCUCUCAGUACUCUGGCCAUGAGGAAGUUCUGUGAAGAUAAGGUGUCCUCUUCCCUCCAGCCAUCCCAAAACAGGUAUAUCUAUUACUUCGGGGGCCUCCUGUCCGGGGCAAUCAAGAUGAACAGCAGCCCUCUCUUCCUCCAUCAAGUACUCAUCCCAUCACUCCCUAACUUCCAGGGUGAAGGAGGUUACUACCCCUUCUUGAAGAUCUACCAGGCCAUGCAGUUGGUCUAUACUUCAGGAAUAUAUGACCUUCAAGGCACUGGAGGCAGGCGGCUGUGUGUGACCAUCGAGCCAGCUCUGCUGCUUAAGGGUGACAUCAUGGUCAAAUGCUACCACAGACGAGCCCAGAGUGCUGACAGAGACACUGUGUUCAGGCUGCAGUUCCACACGUGCACCAUCCACGGAUCCCAGCUCUGGUUUGGCAAAGGGGAGCUGGAUGAAGCUUGUACUGAUGAGCGUUUUCCAUCUGAUGCCACAGUAGAGUUUGUCUUCUCCUCUGGACCUGAAAAGAUCAAAGGUCGUGAGUACCACAAGAACGACCCAGCCGUCACAGUCGACUACAACACUGCUGACCCCGUGGUUCGCUGGGAUUCCUAUGAAAAUUUUAACCAGCGAUACCAGGACAGUCUGGAGGAUAUUGCCCACACCAGGGGUCCUCUAGAUGGCAGUCUCUACGCUCAGAUAAAGAAGCGCCGAGGGCCCGGCUCUGGGUCUCUCACCUCAACUAAUGGCAGCAGCCCAGGAGCAGGCCUUUCUGAAGAUAGGCCCGAUCAUCUCAUCCCUCAAGGUUCUGACUCCGCCCUCUCAGGCCACUCCAUCCAUUUGAACCAUUCUGACCGCCAGGAGGAGCCCAUUCGUCCACCACCUCCAACCAGACAGGAAAGAGAGGAGCUUGAACGUCUUCUUGGAGGCAUAGAGGGAAGCAGAGAUGGCGAGCGAGAGACCGCCAUCUUGGAUGAUGGAGAUUCCUUGCCCUCAGAGCGAGCGAGCGGGACUUUGAGACUCAGUCGGUCAUGUUCCUGCCGGGAUGGUUACCGAUCCCAACGCUGUGCCGAGCCAGGCUGCGACCACACUCUCCUCAUGCCUAAUGGCUACUGCCUCGAUCGGGCUCCCGGCACCAACGGGCACCACGGGGCGACGCCUUCUGCCAGCCCCAACCCAGCUGCUCCUCCGUCACACAUGGAUCUCUGCCAGCACUACAGUCCCCACUCCCACCAGUCCCUUCCACCUCCAGAUUUGGUGUGGGACCGCCAGAGUGGCCCGCCGCACUACCUACACCGCUCCUGCUCAGAGGCUCCCUCAUCUCGACACAUCUGCCCAUACCCAUCACCAGACCUUACCCCUCACCCUCACAACCCCCCACAUCACCAUCCUCUGUCUGCCCCGGGUCGUCUCUGCUGUCGAGAAGACGACUACGGCCCCUACCACCACCCUCAUGCACCUCACAGUCACCACCAUACCCAUGCACACCACCCGAAACCCUCCACCAGCCCAACCUACCAUGAAAUAAUGUUAAUGGAUGGUCUGCCGCCCCCUGGCUGCCCUUGCAGGGACUGCACGAUCAGGAGAGAAGACUCAGCAGCCUAUCACAGCCUGAGGCUGGACCGAGGGGACAGCUUCCACUGGGACAGAGAGGCAGAGCUUCAGCAGAGGGAGGUGGGGCUCAGGAGAGCCAGGGAGGCAGAGUUACCCAGAGGGUCAGAGCUCCACUGGGAAAGGGAUCCAGGUCUGAGGCGAGGCAGAGAGCUGUCCCUUCACUGGGAGCGAGACAGGGAGGCUGAGCUGCAGUGGGAGAGGGACAGAGAGGCUGAAUACUGGCACAGGAGAGCCACCGUAGCCUCCUAUGGCCCACAGGGUCACGAUCUUCCAGCGUUCACAUUUGACCCUUUGCCUUCGGGUCACCCAGCUUAUCCAGAGGCAUCAAGGUCUCACGCUCAUUCUCACCUGGAUCUGAAAUACAGCAGCAGCAGCAGCGGUUACCAAACACCCCGCCAAGUGUGCCACUACGCACCUUACCAGCCCUCGCCAUCUGAAAGCAGGGGCUACGCCUCUGGUUACCAGUCUGAGUCCGCAUCCCCGUUGUCUCCUGCUUCCUCCAUGACAGGGCCCUGCAGCCAUAGCAACGGGCCAGCAGACCAUAACCAUAACCACCAACAUCACCACCCAGACUCACAGCAGUCAUACGGCUCUGACUCACACACUGAUGGCCUUCGUAGUUCUGGUGAAAGUGUGGGCUGGAGGGAUCACAUUACUCACGGAUCUUUUAAGAGGGUCCACAGAGACGGCCCCGCCGCGUGCUCCACGCCAUCUGACAUGUCCGGACCGUCCACUCCUGUCCACACAAGCAGCCCUCUACGCACGCAAGAAAGCCCCAGUCCAGGAGGGAGGGAGUAUGAGAUCCGAACCACAGACAUCAUCGGCAGUGACUACGAGGCUUCCCAGCCCCAGGACAGACACUAUGGAGCUGGUAAUGUCGUCCAGGAAUCCCCGCAAAGCCAAAAAAGCAGUGCAGAGCCAUCAUCUGGGUCAUCCACCAAAGACACGCAGUCACACACAGCCACACCUAUACAAACAGAACCCCACAACCACUGCACUGCACAAACAGACCCAUCCCCUUCAACUCCACACCAGCAGCACUGUAGCCCAGACAUGCCCUCAGCGUCUUCGUUUGACUCUGUGACACCAACCACAUCAAACCAGGGACACUGCCAGGCGCCUUCAUCCCCUGUCCACACUUCACCUGCACAAGACACACACCCACCACCUGGCCCCCUGACUCUUCAGACCCCCCACCCUUCAGAGGCUGCUGCUCUGCCUUCAACUGUGGCACAGGUGGUGUCCCAGCCUCAGAGCCAAGCCACUGGCUCCGCAGGACCCAUCCCAGCAGAGGUCAUCGGAUCUUCUCCAACCAGGGAAACUCACCCAGAAGGCCCAGCACCCACCAGCACCUCCAACACCCAAGCCCCUGCAUCUGCUACUCCAGCAUCAUCAUCAUCAUCCCCUCAGCCUGCAUCUAGCAGCAUGGAAGGCUCCCCGGUCUCCGAUGCCCCAGUUCCUGGUUUUGCCACCCUGGGUAGGAGGUUGAUGUUGAGUGGGUCUGACCCCCAACAUCCAAAUCACAUUCAGCACCAUGGUCCCCCACAUCACCACUACCCAGCCAUGGAGCACAGUGCUGCUCUGGACACUAACAAGAAGCACUGCUACUCAGCUCACACUCCUCAGCUUCACCCAUCCUCCUACUCCAACUACUCCACCAUCUCCAUCCCCCUUCCUCACCCCCAGCCACCUUUGCCAGAGAAGCGCCACCCGCCUGUCCAGCCAGGUUCAGCCAGCGAUGGGGUGGGGACUCUGAGGCCAGCUGUGGGCCAUGGGCCUCCCUCCACCGCCAGCACAACCCAGCAUCAGCACCAUGUCACAUUCUCUCCCACCGUGGGGGAAAUUGCUCCCCCUGCAGGCCAGAAUGAUGGAGUGGCCUCUGUGGAGACAGAGAAUGCAAACAGAGUCAGUGUGAAGUUUGUCCAGGAUAGUUCAAGGUUCUGGUACAAGCCUGGCAUCUCCAGAGAGCAAGCAAUCACAGCUCUGAAGGAGAGAGAGCCAGGUACGUUCCUGAUCAGGGACAGUAACUCUUUCCAGGGAGCCUAUGGCUUGGCCCUGAAGGUGGCUACACCUCCUCCCAACGUCAACAACCACAGCAGCAAAGUGAGCGACCCUCUGGAACAGCUGGUCAGACACUUCCUAAUAGAAACAGGCCCUCGAGGAGUCAAGAUUAAAGGAUGUCAGAAUGAGCCCUACUUUGGGAGUCUGUCUGCACUGGUCUACCAACACUCCAUCACACCCAUUUCUUUGCCCUGUGCUCUGAAGAUCCCAGAGAAAGAUCUGAUAGGAGAAAUGCAAGAGGUUCAACCAGUGAAUAACAUCAGCACGGCUGCUGACCUGCUGAAACAAGGAGCAGCCUGUAAUGUCCUCUACCUGAACUCCGUGGAAACAGAGUCUCUGACCGGCCCCCAGGCCAUCGCCAAGGCAACAGAUGCCACCUUGGGUCGUAACCCGCGUCCCAGUGCCACUGUUGUACAGUUCAAGGUGACAUCGCAGGGCAUCACGCUCACUGAUAGCCAACGCAGGGUUUUCUUCAGGAGACAUUACCCAGUGAGCAGCGUAACCUUCAGCAGCAUUGACCCUAAAGACAGGAGGUGGACUAACUCAGACAACACCACCGUUAAGGUGUUUGGCUUCGUAGCCAAGAAGCCCGGCAGCUUGGCAGAGAACGUUUGCCACAUGUUUGCAGAGUUGGACCCUGAACAACCUGCCUCUGCCAUCGUCAACUUUAUCAACAAGGUCAUGUUGUCGCAGCGCCGAUAGACGAAGAAAGGAAACAAAACUCAGAGCUUACGAGCAUUGACGAGCGCGCAAUAGUGUUAACAAAGCCGCUGCUGCACAGUAACGGCGUCUGCUCGUGUCCUCUGAGUGUGGACCCUGAUGCCAAUCUCUGUCCAUCACCUGAUGAUGUGACAAAGAUUUUCUUCGUUAGCUGUAAAUACAUUCAGAAGGCAACUGAAAAUCUUAGUCCAUGAUCCCUACUGAUGGUUUUUCAUUUGUUAGUUUUCCACUCUAUCUGCUCCUGAACAGCCCGUCUUUUCGAAACAGGCCUGAACGAAAAUAAACUGUAACACAAUUCAGUUUUCUCACACAGUUAAGUGUUGUUGGAUCCAGAAAACAUAACAAAGCACAGUGGUCAGGCAAAUACAUGGUGUUUAGCGUUACAACUUGUCCAAGGAUGAGGAGGCUUCAGAGUAAACUUCAUCAAUCCACCAUGGCUUUCAUAGGAAAAAAAAAAAAAAACCCACUACAUCUAACAGGGACCUGUAUCAACAAGAAGCCGGCUCACUUCUAACAUGACUGCAUCACCAUGCUGCACAGAUUCAUGUAACACAAUCAAAGUAACACAGUGAUGGUGAUAGCUGCAUGUUAAUUGUGUACACUGUUAAUUAGCUCAGUAAAUUAUAAAUGUAACAUUUACAGUCACCUGGGAUCAGUUUUUUCUUUCUGCUUUCUGCAGUAGAAACAGCCUUAGUUUACUUUCAACUGCUUUUGGUACUUUCUUCAUCAUGAGAUUAAAAAAAAAAAAAAGUACCAAGAUUUCACUAUUGAAAAUAACAUGUUGGACAUGCCAGCCAUAUUUGAAUAGGCCUGUAUAACAGCUUCCUAUUCUGUUCUACUCCUGUGAAUAUAUUUUAUCUGUUAGUGGUAGAGUAUCAGUUUGAUGUUAUGCCAUAUUAACUUUAUCUCUGAUGAUGCUGCAUGUGACUGACUUCUAAUUGAGAACUUUCACUUUAACAUGCUCGCAGCUGAAUGGGAGCGAGCUGAGAGUUAAUAUCCGGAGUCAUGACGUGCUGGGCUCACUGGACCCAGGUAAAUCUAAGAGAGCCAGACCAAGCUGAACUGGUUUUGUGAUACAGGUCCCUGGUACAUGAUGGUUAAAUUCAGCUUUUAUCAUCCCAUUCUGCCUGGUGUCCAGUCAAACAAUGACAGAAGUGCUUAAAGCAGCUUUAAGGACACUGAGCACACUGUGUGCAGCGACUGACGUGUGUCGAGGGCAACAAAGCGCUGUAAGGUUCAACAUUUAGACCUGAUCACUGCCUUUAAAAACAGCAGGUGUUUAUAUUUUGUAUUGUUACAAAAUCAUUUAUUUUUCUUUGUUUAAAAAAAAAAAAAAAAAAAGAGAGAGAGAGAGAGAGACCAAAGCCCUGAUGAUGUAAUUUAGUUUCUGUAUCUAGAGAUGUUCAGGUAUUCAGAUAUAUGUGCAGCAUAGUUACAGCCACUCUUGCCUUCAAUCCCCACAACAGCACCUUUACCUGUGUUAACACAUCUAAUCAUAAUCGACAAUCAUGUGUCUUUGACUCACACAAAUAAUCGGAGCGAGCGAGAGACAUAACUCUCUAAUGAAAGUAAACACGAAUGUGAGUUUUUUCUAACUUUUAACGAGCGCGUGUGCGAGGGAGUGGCGUGAGUGUGUGUGUGUGUGUGUGUGUUGAGGGUAUUUCGGUAAAUGCGAUGGAUAAAGGUCAAGUUACGUCCGCUUUUAAAGAAAUGUAUGUGAAACGGGGAAAAAGCUAGAUGGAGAAGGACGUAGAGCGUUGAACCACACCACUGCUGUGAAACGUUUGGUUUUCAUUCACUGCUUCACAUCCUGUGACUAAAUCCAUUAUACAAAGCUCAUUCACACACACGUUAUCAAAGAGAAGCAGACAGGUAAACACACAUAAGCAAGACAGUGGCCUAAAGACAGAUGUACUUAACCAAAGACGAAGCACUCUUGUAUUAAUAAGCUUUUUAUCCAGCUAUAUUUUUGUACUUAUUGCUUCCUGUAUUUUUAUUAUGCAUUCAUUUAGUGUGUUGGCUUGUCUGGUAAAAACGUAGAAAAACACUACUUGUAUUACAGCGAUAAUAUAUUGUGGUUUGUUUUCUUGUUGAUCUCUAUAUUAUGUAGUAAUAUAUUUUCACAUGCAGCUAUAGGACAGUGUAUGAGACAUAAAAAAAAGGAAACAUUUGGGGUUUUUUUUGAAAAGAAUAAUAUGCUAUUUUGUAUGCAAAGGAUAAAGAAUAGAAUUAAACUGAAAUGAUGUGGUACCUAAGGUGCUUUUGGGUCAGUGGUUAUUUGGGGUUAUCGGUCAGAGGGCUAAAACUAUUAUUUUCAUUGUUGAUUUAUUUUUGGAUAGCAAAGAGAACAAAAAAAAAAAAAAAAAAAAAAGAUUCUUGGAAGUACUGGUGUCCAUCAUUCAUUUUAUUUAUUCACAAUUCCCUUUAAUAUCUUUUUUCAAACUAGAACCAAGCACAAAAAUAUACAUCUUUAAAAACCCUCGUAAAAACUUUCAUUCAUAAAUUUACAAGCAACUGUCCC